AUGAUCGGCGGGUCAGUAGCUCCAGUGCUGGUGCUGCGCCCCAGCUUCAGCAUGGGCGUUGCUCUCAUGACCAGUAUUGCGUGCCUCAUGGAACAGUCAUCCAUGUGCUGUUGUUUGUGCUUCAGCAUGGAAGUCGUCAUCCGUUUACAGGGACUGAGAUUCACGGCGGGUUCUGAGGAUAUAAGGAAAUUCUUCACUGGCCUCAAAAUUCCAGAUGGAGGGGUACAUAUAAUCGGUGGGGCACUACAGGAGGCUUUCAUUAUCUUUUCUUCAGAUGAGGCUGCAAGAAGGGCUAUGUCCCGGUCCGGGGGUUCCAUUAAAGGCGUGCCCGUGAAAUUGCUAUUAAGCAGUAGAGCAGAGAUGCAGAAUGUUCUUGAGAGAACAACCCGAGAACGACCCGAGGACAAUAUGAGGUACUCUCGAAGAUCUCAGGAGCCUGAAGUAGGAAGCAGUUAUACCCCUCCUGUCCAGUAUCAGAGUGCUGCCGAUGAAGAAAACUUCUUCGGUCUGUUUCUGUCUGGGCUGCCCUAUUCUGUGACUGAGGACGAAAUCCGUGAUUUUUUCAGUGGGUUACUCGUUUAUGAAAUUGUCCUUCUGAAAAAUCACAACGGACAAAACAAUGGAAAGGGUUUGGUGAGUCUUUCAUCAAGAGAGGAUGCUUUGGAAGGCUUAAAAAGGCAUAAGCAGUACAUUGGAUCAAGGUAUAUUGAAGUUUUCACCACAACAUGUAAAGAUUGGCUACGGACUGCAGGCAGAAUGCCACUUAUGGUCAACGGUGGUGGCCAUAAGAGGGGGAGAUCACCUGUUCGCAACCAGAGAAAUCCACAGUAUCGCGUGAGGUCUCCAUCACCUGGGACCCAGAGAGACCUUCCUUCUUCUGAUGAAGAGUACUGUGUGUUGUUGGACAAUCUUUCCUUUUCAGUGGAAAAAGAGGAUAUAAAACAGCUUUUCCAUAAUGCCCGGCUGGAGAAUGACCAGAUCCUGCAUUUGACUGAUGGUAACGGGAAAAGAACCAGAUCGGCAUUUGUGCUGUUCAGGAGUCUGCGCGACUAUUGUGAGGCCUUGAGUCACGAAAAAAGACAGUUUUUUAACCGAUGUGUUUAUACCCGUCCAAUCUCGAGAGAGAAUAUGAUCAACCUUUUGGAAUCUCAGAGUUUGGCCAUCAAACAUCCUGGAAAUCCUGAGAGAUAUAAUGAGAGAUCUACCUUAUAUCCCAGGGAUCGGUAUGACUCGGAGAAAGCCUGUGUGUUUGUAAAGAACUUGCCAUUUGAUGUUCGAAAAGUUGAGAUAAUUGACUUCUUUCAUGGGUUUAAUGUCACCGAGGACAAGGUGUGGGUACUGCAUGACCAUGGAGGUGCUGGGGUUGGACAGGCUUUGGUUCUCUUUGGGUCUGAGCCGGAGGCUAUGGAGGCACUCUCUCUCAAUGGACAGCGGUUUCUUGGGUCAGAAGUUAUAAUGAAAUGCAUUUCACGAUCUCAGAUGAAGAAGUUGGCUCUUGAACCACCCUUGACGCCAGAGCCAGAGCCAUCACCAAGAGAGGAGCAGUACUCCAGCCGGCGUAGCAGAAGCAGCGAGGCAUCCUGCCACACUGGGGAAAACUUCUAUUCUGAUUCAAGGAAUUCCAAGGACGGUAAUGCAUCAGGGCCUUUUGUGAAAGGACAUUUCCGCAGAGAUGGAGAUUUUAAACCUCGCGCCGGAAGGUCCCGUUCUCCACGAGACAGGGGCAACGGUGACUUUGGGAGCUUUGGCUCUUCAGCGCAGCGCUUUGAUGGUCCCACAUGUGUUCAGUUAGUCAACCUACCAUUUCAAAUCAGGAGUGAAGAAAUCUACGAUUUCUGCUACGGAUAUCGAAUCAUUCCCGGAUCUGUUUCACUUCAGUAUGACGAAGGCGGAAGGUCAAAAGGUUCUGCCACUUUGGUGUUCGAAUCUCGUCAGGAGGCAAUGACUGCAAUUCAGGAACUGAGUGGAAGACCGAUCGGUCCACGAAAAGUACAGCUCACACUCGUGUGA